AUGAACAUGAAGAUGUUCAUGCGGAACGGAUGCGUCUCGGAUGCCCCAUUCACGCUCAAAGGAACGAACAUAUCCGAAUGCACCAGCUACGUUAUUCUGGGUCGGGAACUGAACAUGAUGAACGACCUGACCCCCGAGCUGGGCAGGAGGAGACGAGCAGCUUGGAGAGCGUAUAAGAGCAUCGAGGAUGUAGUGAAGAAGACCAGGAACACCCGGCUCCCUGCUCACCUCUUCAACACCACCGUACUUCCUGCUUUGAUCUAUGCUUCGGAAACCUGGGCAAUUCGCAAGCAGGAAGAAAACGCGGUGAGCGUCAUUGAACGCGCAAUUGAGAGAGUGAUGCUAGGAGUAUCCCGUUUCACGCAAGUGAGGGACGGUAUUCGAAGUUAG